GCUACAUUGUAUCCGCCGGCGGCGGAGAACAAUAGGCGCCGCCGCCGCCCCCGGGCCUGGGCGCCGCGGCCGCCCCCGCCCCCGCCGCGACCCCCGACACCCUUCAUGCGCUUCCCCUGCCCCGGGCGCGCCGGGCCUGGAACAGGACUGCCACUGUUGAGUCUGUGGGAAUAUGAAUCAGCAUCAGCAGAGAAUGGCUGCAGUUGGGACAGACAAAGAGCUCAGUGACCUGCUGGACUUCAGUAUGAUGUUUCCCUUGCCAGUGGCUAAUGGAAAAAACAGACCCACGACCCUUGCGAGCACUCAGUUUGGAGGAUCAGGCUUGGAUGAAAGGCCAGGAUCAGGUUCCUGGGGAACGGCAGAUCAAAACAGCUCCACGUUUGACCAAGGAAGGCAGAGCUAUGGUGAAGGCCCCCACUACGGAGAGCACCGGGACCUGCCAUCCCACAACAGCAUCUCCUCGUCACCGUUCCUGGGAGCUGGACUCGUGGGGAAGAGCAGUGAAAGAGCCUCAUACUCCACGUUUGGAAGAGACACAGGGAUGCCAGGACUAAAUCAGCCUGGUUUCCUGCCCAGCGAGAUGGGAAUCGCCAGCCCGAGCACGCUUUCCCCCACCGGGGGCAAAGGGGGGUCUCAGUAUUUUUCUUACCCCAACAAUCCUCGCAGGAGAGGUGCUGAGAGCAGCAUAGAUGGACAGCCCAAAAAGGUUCGGAAGGUGCCUCCUGGACUCCCCUCCUCGGUGUAUCCAUCCAACUCAGGUGAUGACUACAGCAGGGAUCCAGCUGGAUAUACUCCCUCAAAACCUCCCAGCACUGUGUAUCCUGGAGCCUUUUACAUGACAGAUGGACUCCAUAACUCUCCAGACCUGUGGAGUUCCCCGGGUGCCAUGAGCCAGUCGAGUUAUGGUGCCAUGCUGGGCAGCUCCUCGUCCCCGCUCCCGCAGUCCAGCGGCUUCAACAGUUUACACCAGCACGAACGCAUGAACUACCAGCUGCAUUCAGGAGAGGUGAACGGCGGACUCCCCUCCGUGUCCGGCUUCUCCUCGGCCCCCACGGCGUACGGAGUGUCCAGUCACACCCCCCCGAUCAGCGGCACGGACACCAUCAUGGGUAACAGAGGAACCACAGCUGGGAGCUCCGGAGACGCGCUUGGGAAGGCUCUGGCCUCGAUUUACUCCCCCGACCACUCUAGCAAUAACUUCUCCUCCAACCCCUCCACUCCGGUCGGGUCCCCACAGGGCCUCGCAGGCUCGUCGCAGUGGCCGCGGGCGGGCGGAGCGGGUGCCUUAUCUCCCAGUUACGAAGGGAGCCUCCACACUUUGCAAAACAAAAUGGAAGACAGGUUGGAUGAAGCCAUCCACGUGCUGAGGAACCACGCUGUGGGCCAGACCUCUGCCAUGCCCAGCAACCACGGGGACAUGCACGGGCUGCUGGGCUCAGCACCAGCACACACUGCUGCUGUGGGCAGCCUGGGCCAGGCCUUCCCUGCCUCAGUCAUGGCCCUGGGGAACAGGCACCCGAGUCUGGUGGGAGGAGGCCACCCUGAAGAUGGGCUGUCCAGCAACCCCAGCUUGCUCCACAACCAUGUCACACUGCCAUCCCAGCCCAGCUCGCUGCCAGACCUCAGCAGGCAGCAGGACACGUACAGUGGUUUGUCCGGGGGGCUGGGCCGGAGCAGCGUUUCCUCAGGAACGAGUGAGAUAAAGAGGGAAGAGAAGGAGGAUGAGGAGAACACCUCAGUGGCAGAUAACUCAGAAGAGGAGAAGAAGGAGCUGAAACCCUCCCGGAACAGAACAAGGUGCUCUUUGAACAGUCAAGAUGAGGAUGAGGAGGACGAUCUUCUUCCCCCAGAGCAAAAAGCCGAGAGAGAGAGAGAAAGGAGGGUCGCCAAUAAUGCCCGUGAGCGCCUGCGGGUUCGUGACAUCAACGAGGCCUUUAAGGAGCUCGGACGCAUGUGCCAGCUGCACCUAAACAGCGAAAAACCGCAGACCAAACUGCUAAUCCUACACCAGGCCGUAUCAGUCAUACUGAACCUGGAGCAACAAGUUAGAGAGCGCAAUCUGAACCCAAAAGCGGCCUGCUUGAAGCGUCGGGAAGAGGAGAAAGUGUCCGGAGUGGUAGGAGACCCCCAGAUGACACUGUCAGCUUCCCAUCCUGGUCUAGGAGAUGGUCACAACCCUGUUGGACACAUGUAAAGAUCUUUUGGUUCCUCUGGAUAUGGAGAUCUGUAGGAAGAAAACCCUCGGUGUGACCUGCAACCCUGUUGAACCAUGAACUGUAGUACUGCUCAUACUGACACACGCAGCCGGAUCCUGGCGUGACGUAAGGGGUGGAAAAAACACUUUGUCAGAAACAAAACGGAAACAAAAAAUUGCCUUAAGUAUAAAGUGCAGAACAGUCAAUACAUAUCACUCAGUUAGGAGGGGGUGGCGUGUUCUCGUGGCUUGUUCACAAGCAGCCAGCAGCAAAAUUGUGCCUAAGCUUGAUAUUUCUUUUUUUUAAAAAAAGAACAUUAGUUAUGAGAUUUUUUAUGUAGAACAAAUAGCAAUGACUUUUGGUUUUUUUAGCUUCUUUUGCAUAUGUUUUGUAAGCAACGAAAAAAUUUUUUUUUGUAUAAAAACAUGUCUUGUACCCUCCGCUUUUCUGCUGCUGUUUCUAUAGUUAACGUUGCAUCUUUAGGAUCAACCAGAAUAUUAAAAUUGUAUUAAGAGAGACUGGAUAUAAAGAGAGGAAUUCUCAGAUUCGGCUCGGAAAGCCACUAAAAGCGAAUGUAGCCACAGUGAGGGAAUGUUCUUCCUUGCCUGGCUUGUACCUUCCAUGACAUCAAACAAACUCACGUGCUGAAUUCACCAUCUCUUUUUUUCGGCCACUUCUGAUUUGGGAAAAGGAAGUUAAACAGCAAAGCGAGUGGCAGCAGUGCUCCCGCUCCCCGGGCAGUGACUGAGGUGCUCAGUGAGGUUGCUUUGUUCCGGAGAUGCCCCCGGGGCAGAGGAUGUGACCACGGCUGGGAGAGAGCAGCCCCGGGUGGAGGGAGAGCCAAGGGACCGAGGCGCUGCCAGGUGAGCAGAGCAGCGAGGGAUGCACAAGGAAAGUGCCUGUUCCCACAGGCCAGAGCUGCCAGAGGCACUUCCAGGAGCAGCGCUGAACAAAGACCAAGUGAACAAAGCUGGAGCACUGGGAAGAAGCAGAGGCAGCUGGAGCAGCAGUGGGACACAGGGCCAGGAAGCCGGGCAGCAGCAGCAGAGGGUGCUGGAGGCAGGGAAGGAGCAGCCACGCCAGCCUGGGCAAAGCCCUGAGCAGCUGCAGGAUCCCUUCUGGCACUGGAGCCAUCGGAAUUGCAGAAUGCUGGCUCAGGGAGAGGGGUGGCUUCACACCUGCUGUCACCUGCUGUCACAUCUCCCAGGCAUCCUUGGAGGCAGACUGAGCUCAGCACUGCCACGGGAUGGGAGUGGCCACCUCACCUGCACAUGGGCUUCUCUCUUGGCACUGGGAAGAAGGGCAGCAGGAGCUCCUGUCCGUGUGCUCCAGCAGCCAAGCUGGGCCUCUGUCCCUUCACUCCAAGGGAUUCCCAGUCACUCCAGACCACUCUGGUAUGCCCAGCAGGAGGAGGAUCCCUGGCAGCCCCUCUGGGUGCCCUGGAGGUGUGGAGCAAAGAGGUGCUGGGCAGUGCUGAGCUGCAGCAGCCGGUCUGGAGAUGGCCAUCCACCAUGGAAUUUACUCUUGUUCCUUCCCUCUCCUUUCCCUUGUGAAACACUUUGUGCCUGGCUCUUCCCAGCUCUGCAGAGCCCAGGCAGGCAGGAUGGUGCAUGAGACAUGGCUGUUGGUCUGGGGGGAUGUGGGGAACUCCCCUCUCUCCUGAGAUUCCAUCUCUCCCUGUGCUGCUCCAGCCUGGGCUCCUGGGGAAACUGUGUUGCUUUGGCACGGGGAAAGGGAGGGACUGGCAAACAGGAUUAGGUCCUGUGGCACUUCCCAGCAACCUCAGGCUCUUGGCAUAACCUGGUGCUCCUCCACGUGCUUUGUGCUCUGGCAAGCCCUGCUGGAGGUGCUCAGGGCAGUGCUUAUCUCCCACCCACACCUGGGCACUGUGGCCUCAGCCCCUGUGGCAGCUCCAAGCUGAGCCACUCCAAGUGCCAGGGCAGGAUGGGACUGUCCCUGCUGCCCCUGGCCCUGCCCUGGGGCUCCCCAUCAUCCAGCCAUCACUCUGAAGCUUUUGGGUGCUCCCACCAUUCCUUCUGCAUGGUGAGACCUCAGCAGCCCCAGCUCUGUCCCUGGGAAGGGCAGGAAACUCAGUGGUUCUAGUAACCCAGGUGCUUCUUGCCUGUGUCAACAGACACAUUUUAGCCUAAUCAGCUCGUCAGGUUACAGCACUUCCCUCCCUGGGGCUCUUCUGGGUGCUGAAGUAGUGGGCAGGGAGAUGGAUGAGGUUUUCCUCCCUGUGUGACAGCCUUGACUCCCAUUCACACUCUGGAGUGCAAACUGGAGGGCUCAGCAGCUGCUUUCUGUUUCAUCCAUGAGAGUUCCUGCUCCACUGGUGAGAGUGCUGGGGCUGCAAAGUACCCAUUGCUCAGGGGUCUUGGCUGGCUCGGUGCCCCUGUCCCAGGGCCAGGAGGGCUGGAGCAGUGUCCUAGCCCUGGAAAGCUUGAAACCCUACAAAAAAAUAUUUAAAAGUGGUUCACAAACCCUUUGAUUUUGCCCCAAGAGUUGGAGGUGGCACUAAUGGACAACUGGACUUAAAGGGACUAGUCAAGAAAAAUCCAUAAAUUCAACAAAAUUGGAAACCUGAGAAGAUUUAUGAGUUGUUCACAAAUUUGCUGAACUUCUUUAUCCCCUCCAAGUCCUGCAGGCCAAGGAGGAAUCCUGAUGAGCCAGAGCCUUUCUCACCAUCUCUGAAUCCCCAGGCAUUGCAACAAAAAUGGGGCUUUUCAGGUGCAUUUAGGUGGUUUAAAAUGUUAUUUUGACAGCAAAUCCAGCCGCCGUCCUUCCAUGGCAAGGCUUGGGUGAAGAUCCUUGAGCACAAGCCCUCAGAGCCAGAGUCUGGAGAGAGCAUCUCAAAAACACAAUGUAGGGGGUGGCAGUGCUGUCUCUGGAGCUGCCUCAGUGGCUCAGGGUGACAGCUUUGUGUGCCAGCCCAGUGAGGCCUUAGUGGCAUCUCUGCUUUCAGGUGCUAAGGGAACAAUUGGGAAGAGCAGCAAAGAAAAAUUCCUUUGUCUUGCCAGUGUGUUUGGCUCAGUGUGAACAUGGUGCCUGUAACCUGCCAGGGAAAGUGGCUUUUCUAAAAACAACCACUGCCAGGUGCUGUCCCCAAAAUACCACCAGCCCUGAAAUGUCACUCUCUAGCAAUGAAACUCUUGUCUUCAGGUGUUGUGGUCAGCGAGGGCCAGGUCUGCACCCUCCCCAGCCCACAGCUCUGCUCUGUUCCACUUGGGAUCUUACAGAUCCCCCGACCUGCUCCUCUGCCUGUCUGUGUGUCCCCCACAGCAGUGGUGCUGCCAGGAGAGGUGUCACAGGGGGGUGACAUGCUGUAUGGUGCCAUUUUUUCCAUUUUCUCCUUCCUCUCUCAGCCUUUGCUUGCAUGGCUGCUCCUGGGGGCGUGUGCCCUCCUCUUUGGGGGCCACUGAGCCCCCCCCAAAGCUUCCUUCAUCAGAUGGGGGAGCUGCCUUGCCUUCUGUGCAGCUUCUAGUUCCUCUUUCCCCAGGCUGCAUCAGUGAAGCAGCAGAACUGGGACACUGCCAUGGGACAUUUCCUGUGUCCCCAGCCCAGGGGCCUGCUGCUGUCCCACUCAGCCAGUCCUCUGCCUCCCUGCACACAAGCUGUGCAUGCCACAGGAUUGGGGAGCAUCUGGAAUCCAAUCUAUGAACAGAAAAAUUGCAGAUUGUUGUUUUUUCUCCCUUUUCACCUGCUUUUUCCCCAUAGCAAAGCAGCUGCAGCCUCCCGUGGGUUGGUGCUCAGGCAGUGGUGGCUGCUUCUGCUCAUAGCCCCGGGAGCAGAAUUCCAGCUGUGUGGCAGUCACCCCUGUGCUGACCCCUCAGAUCCCCUCACAGCCCCAGCCAGCAGUUCUCGGGCUCUCUGCUCCCCUGUUUUCACAGCUACCCCCAGAGCUGUGCUGUAGGAAGGAUGGACUCAAGCUGUGGUUGCCUCAGGAGGCUGUGAUUCCAGAGUCAGGGCAGAAACUGCUCUCCAAGGUCCUUUGUGUCUCACCAGUGUCCCCACUGAAGCAAGCAGAGCCUUUGGGCCCUUGCUGGGUGGUUCCAGUUAUGGGGGCUCGAGAAACAGGAGGCUUUGGAAACCCCCAGUCCCCUGCACCCCUUGAGCUUUGCUGCCAACUUUGUGGCCAGUGAAACCCGAGUUCUUCUUGCAAGCCCUGCUGUGCUGUAGUGGGGAGCCUGGGCCAGCUCCAGUUCCAUCCCUGGGCUCUGGGAGGUGAAACAAAGCUGGGCCAGAAGAAGCCUUCAGCCCCCGCCUGCAGUGCUGGCAAACCCAGAGCAAGCCCUGGCCAUUGGACUCCCCCAUUCCUGCCCAACACCAGCAAUAGCAAGGCCUGUUUUCUGUACCCCAAGCUUGCACAAGGUCUUCGCCCUGUUAAAAAUCCUAUGCAAAUCUUAGCCCUCUCCCCUCUCCUAGGGCUCUGCAGAUCCCAGCCCAGCCCAUUCUCUCUGCUCUUGUCUGUGAUUCCUGCUCUCUGCUGCCUUCAGGGUCCAGCUUCAUUCCUGGCAGCUCCAAAAGCAUUUUGAGACCUGUGCUCUGGAGCUGGGAGGGGGCAGAUGAGACUGUAGGAGCACCCAGCUCAUACUGAGCACUGAACUGGAGGGGGCAGCACCUGGUCCUGUGGCUCCUUCACGCACCCUUCAUCCUCCUGUGCCUUCUGCUCCAUGCUGGUGGGGCUUCUCUCAUCCCCCAGCCCCCUGAAAGGAGAAGCUCUGUUCCACCUUGCUGCUGCCCAGACUGCCCUGUCCUAACACCUGAGCCUCAGGCUUGGCUGGGGCUGCUCUUCCUUCAGCCACCCCGAGCCUGAAGGGAUGUUUCCUUUCCUCCCAUGCUCCCCAAUCUCUCCAGCCAGCAUCUCUGAGCUGUUCCCCUUGGCAGAGGGGCAGCCCAUGCCAGCAGCUGCCCAUCGGCUGGGGUGCAUGCAGGAGGAUUUUGGGGGUGGGUGCUGCCAGUGUCCCACAGCACAGCUGCCUCUCCCUGCCCUUGGGGACCUGGUGGUCUGUACUUUGACUUCCAGGACAAUUCAGCCCUUUUGGGGAGCCAGCACUGCUGUGUGCCUUGGCCUGCAGGACUCCCAUGGGGAGGGGGGCUGUGGUUAGGAGGGUGGUGCAGGUUCCUUGUGACCUUCUGCCAAACUUUGUGCAUCCAUCUGCAGCCCAGCUCUGGGCCAAGGGCACUCCUGUCUUGGGUGUCCACAUUGGUAUCUCUGUUCCCCUGGUUUUGUACCCCUCCUGCUCCUCAGGGCUCCCCAUUCCCACCCUGGCCCACCCAAGCCCAUGCUGUGGUGGAGGGCAAGGCUCGAACACUCAGCCCGGGACAUCUCAGCUCAGCGUGGCUGCAACACCAGCCCAGGAGAGCAAAAAGGUUUCUGCUUCCAAAGGGGGUGUUCUGGUACCGAGGCCUUUGGCCAAAGAGCAUCCCCGUGCCCUGCACCCCUGGGCUGUGCCCUGCACCCCUGGGCUGUGCCCUGCACCCCUGGGCUGUGCCUGGGGAGCUGUGGAGUUCCUGGAGGCAGCGAGCAGGGACACCACGGGUCCCCCUUGCCAGGGCCAUGUCUUCCCAAACCACCAGAAGCCACCAGCUUUUGAGCAAACCUUGUACCAUGGAGCCACUGGGAGGGAAGGAGCCUUGGAAGCCCCGCAGCAGCCACUGCUCCUGUGCUAGGAGAGGGGACAGAGGCAGGACAGGGAGGAUCCCAGCGCUGGGAAUGACCUGUUGGGUGCAGAGGGCUCCAGCUCUCUGGGGAAACAAAGCAUUCCUGGGAUGUUCUUUAUAUUUUUGUAGGAAUGGGGGGUGGGAGAGCAGAUGGGAGAUGCCUGCGGAAGUUGUUUAUUUUUAACCCUGUAGAAAGUUAUGAGUUGUUUUUGGUUUUUGGCCUUUAAAAUAAAAAAUGGUCCUUGCUUUUGAUGUUUAUGCUGCCUACCUGUAAAUCCAGAUGUACUUAAGUGGCUGAAAUCCUUGUUCUUAAAUCAGAUACACAUUAUAGUUUUGAACUAUAUAUAUAGUAAAUAUAUAUAUAUAUAUGCCUAACCCAGCAAAAAAAAAAAAAAAAUAAAGUAUUUGGGGGUGGGAAAUGCGUUGCUCUUUGAAAUGAAUCACAAUUGGGGGAUGAAAUUGUGUUUCUGAGUGCCUCAAGAUAUGAAUUGUUUUCAUUUUUUUAAAUAAUUUUAUACAAGUGUCAAAACAGCUGGCUGGAUUAUUUGGAAUUUUUAAAUAAUCCUAACUUUUUUAAAGUAGAUUUUGAGAACUGUCCUGUAUAUAACAGUAAUGUAGCAAUAAAUGUGACAUUUUAUAACAAUA